AUGGCGAGGAAGAAAAAGCUCCGACCUGGGAAAGGUGCCAUAGCUGAGAUCCUGACAAGAUUCAUCAAGCCAGAACAGCCAAAUCCAGGCAGCAAACAUCGCAGCAUGGUCGUUCUGGAAGAAGAGGAUAGAGACGACAAUCAAAGAAAAAUCUUUCGUUUCUACUAUGACGGGGAUGAGGAGAGGACUCUAAUGUGGGCGAAUCAUCGCUACCUGAAUGUGCUGAAGGAGGGUAACCAUCUGCUCCUUUUUGGAGGACCUGGUGAACCAAGACCCCCAGAAAGUAAAGAGCCGAAUAUCAAAUGGCAAUUUUCAAAGGCCCGAAGGCUCCUAGUCGAAGCAGUGAAUAAGGGGGAGAUUGUAUUCAACGAAGACGACGAGCCACAACAGGAUUUGAAGGAGAUUUAUGCAAGCAAACCAGAAUAUUCAGAGUAUUUGUUCGAAAAAUUUGAGGAGCGAUUGAACAAUAUUUGGAUCAAGACUAAAGAGGACAAAAAUCGCGCCAGCGACGAUUUGGAAUUUUUCGAGGAGUUCAUCGAUUGCAACGAAGUAUCAUACUUCAACAAGGAUGGGACGGCUCAAUGGCAGGGGUCGGAGGCGCAAGAGCAGGCACGGGUGGAUAUAGCGGCUAACGCUGUGUUUCACUUUGGAUAUCGGCAUUUGUUCGAGAACAACACACUAUACCAUCUGAACUAUACACAUGAGCAGUUCAAGGCUUAUGUGAGGCAAGAGAUCAGCCGCAAGAAAUACCUUCACACAGUUGAAGUGAGAGCUCUACAAAAAAGAGAAAAGGAGAACAAGAGACAGAGCAGGAAGUAG